UGACCAGUCAGGUGGUGAGACCAGUGACAGUUGGGAGAAAGUGUUGGUUGGCGAGAGCUGAGCUGAGGUAAUCUUGAGAGGAGAGCUAUGCCAUCAAGUGUGUGCUGAGGUGGCGUGGGGAUGACGGAGGAGAUGGAGGCAGACCUUCCUACCACAAGGGUGGUUAGAGAGAUGGCUUUACCCCCAUGCAAAGCAAGUCUGGGGGUGCAGAUGUAAUAAGAGUGACCGCAGCAGCUUCCAUAGCGGCAGUGGGUGAAGCUUUAUCUGGAGUCCCGGCAGUUGGUAGUGCCUCAGAGAGGACCAGGCCUCCCCAAUUAAGGCAAGGGGUGGGCAGCAGUAACAAAGGAAUAGUUCGUGGGAGCAGAUUGUCCGGAAAGAUACCCAGUAUCCCACACUGACAGCUACGGACAGCAUGGAGACCUAACACAGACACUUGGAGAGGGAUCAUCAUGGGAUCCAAGCUGUCUGUAGAUGAAUCGGUGAAGGUGGUGAUUGUAGGAGGAGGCUUUGCUGGCAUAGCAGCUGCCAAUCUGCUGAAGUCCAAUGGAAUCCCUUUUGUUCUGGUUGACAUGAAAGACGCCUUUCAUCAUAAUGUUGCUGCACUUCGGGCAUCUGUAGAGAGCGGCUUUGCAAGAAAAACCUUUAUAAGCUACAGAGAGUCAUACCGAGACAGCUUUACACAAGGCAAGGUGGUGGGAAUUAACCUGGAGACCCAGAACGUCCUUCUAGAAAGCAAUGAGGAGCUACAUUUUUCCCACCUCAUCAUUGCAACAGGGAGUUAUGGUCCUUUCCCCGGAAAAGUCAACAAAAUAGUUACGAAGGAUGCCGCUGUACAGUUAUAUGAAGAUCUGGUACAGCAGAUUCAGAAAGCUGAACAUGUUGUGGUUGUUGGUGGAGGCUCAGCCGGAGUAGAGAUGGCUGCAGAGGUGAAAACUGAUUAUCCAGAGAAAGAGGUUACAUUGAUACAUUCAAAAGUUGCAUUAGCCGAUGUGGAGCUUGAACCCCGUGUCAGGAAAGCUGUAAAGGAUAUUCUUCUGAAAAAAGGAGUAAAGCUAGUGUUGGGGCAGAAGGUUGUCAACCUGGAGGAGUUGCCGUGGAACAAAGUUCAGCAGAAUAUGGAAUUGCAGUUGGACAAGGACACCAAGGCGAUCUCUGCUGAUCUAAUUCUCUGCUGCACUGGAAUUAGGAUUAAUUCAUCUUGUUACGUUGACAUUUUUGGUGACAAAGUGGCGAGCAAUGGAGCUCUUAAAGUUAAUGAAUUUCUUCAAGUGGAAGGAUACAGCAACAUUUAUGCAGUGGGAGACUGCACUGAUUUAAGAGAACCUAAAAUGGCUUACAAUGCAGGCGUACAUGCCAAGAUUGCAGUGACCAACAUUAUCAACAGCCUUCUGGAGAAGCCGCUGAAGACCUAUAAGACAGGGUCAGUGUCUAUGCUUCUGUCAAUGGGCCGUAACGAUGGAGUAGGACAGUUCAAUGGCCACUACAUGGGUAGUGUGCUUGUCACCAUGGCUAAAAGCAGAGAUGUAUUUGUUUCAAAAAGCUGGAAAGAAAUGGGACAGAAGAUGCCCAAAUAAGUACUUACAGUAUGUG